AAGAGCUGCCUGCCCUGGCUAACUGUAUCUUUUUAAAAACCGAGCAUUUCGGAUCGAUAGAGAUAUUACGAGCUGAAUAUUGCAAAUAUUUAUUUAAAAUACAACUGAUAGGCUUCCAAACAAGAGUAGUUCGGAAUCCAAACCUCCGCUGGUUCUGAAGCCAGUGCAGCCUGUCCGACAUAUUGGAUCUUGGUGGCGAAGAUGGAGAACGCGCUUUUCGCGAAUGUUAAGAAGCUCUACGACCACAAGCUUUACGAGUGCGUGGUCCCAGUGGCCAAGCUGCUGAGGACGGUGCUGAAGAACGACCGCAACGUGGCCACCCUGGAGCUGGAGUACCAGGUGCAGCUGUACCUGGUCAACUCGCAGUACAAGGAGCGACAGCUGCGCUCCGCCGCGCGGCACUUCGAGGACGUCUUCCACCAGCGGCGCCUCAUGGUGCGCCACAAGAACGCCUGCCUGGUGGCCAUCGAGAGUGCCUACCCGGAGUUCGCGGACGUGGAGCUGCGCCGCCGGGCCGCCGAGUGCUAUCGCGAGAUCGGCAACCCCGGCCUGGCCGUGGCCACCCUGCUCCAGGUGCCCGUCAAGGCGCGCACGCCGCGGAUCAACCUCAUGCUGGCCCGGAUGCACCAUCACUCGUUCGGGCUGGGCUACACCAAGAAGACGGAGUCGCUGCCCGCCUACAAGGAGGUGGUCCGUGAGUGCCCCAUGGCCCUGCCGGUGAUCCAGGACCUGCUGGAGCUGGGCGUGGACGGCAACGAGGUCAACUCGCUUGUGAUGCACGCUGCCACGGUGCCCGGCAUCUUCGACUGGCUGAGCACCUGGAUCAAGGCCCUCGCCCAGAUGUUCGACUGCAAGCACCAGGACGCGGCGCGCACCUUCCAGAGGCUGCAGGACAGCACCCUGCUGCGCUGCAACGAGGAGCUGAUGAUGGCGCUGGGCAGGUGCCUCUACUACGACGGCAACUACUCCCGGGCGGAGCAGCUGUUCGCGGCGACGGUCAGUGCCAGUCCGGACAACGUCGAGGCCAUCGGUCUGCUGGCCGUUGUCCGUGGCCAGCACGCCGGCGACAGUGGCCAGGACACGGAUCGCCUGUACGCCCAGGUUGUCUCCGAGCCGAAGUACACCGCAAGUCACUGGUUCGUCCACGCCCAGGCCAUGUUCGACUCGGCGAAGUUUGAGCGCGGCCUGAGCUUCGUGGAGCAGUGCCUGCAGGCGGAGCCCCGCCACCAGGAGGCCCUCAUCCUGCGCGGUCGCCUGCUCAUCGCCCUGGAGCGGCACAAGGAGGCGGUGGAGGCCUUUCGCACGGCCCACACCGUCGCCCCGUACCGGUUCGAGGUCUACCGAGGCCUCUUCCAGAGCUACCUGGCCGCCAAGCGGUUCAAGGAGGCGCAUGCCAUGUGCAAAUGGACCCUGCGUGUCUUCCAGAACUCGCCCAGGGGCCUCGCGAUGUUCGGCCGCACCUUGUUCCUGUCGCCGGACCCGGGGAUCAGGAAGACGGCCCGCAAGUUUGCCGAGAAGUCGCUGAAGAUCGAUCCCAACUACACGCCGGCGGUCACCUUGAUGGCCGACAUCUGCCAGUUUGAGGGCGCGCCCAGGGCGUCCAUCAAGCUGCUGGAGGACCACGUCUCCCUCUUCCCGCAGGCCAAUCUCUUCACGAACCUGGCCGACAUGCUGCGCGGCCAGAAGGAGCCCAUCAGGGCCCUGGAGUACUACUACAAGGCACUGGGUAUAAUCCCCAAUUUUAGCAAGAAUCCCAAGUGCGAGCGAACCCUGCGGGGCAUAAGUUUGCUGAGGAGCAGCAACUCGUUCAUCGAGUCCCUGGUUCUGGACGACAGCGGCCCCAUCAAGGCGGAUGGCCAGCAGUCCACCACCAGUGGACUGGCCACGCCCUGCGGGCACCCGAAUCUGGAAAGGCUGGCGGCCGACUGCGCCGGGAGUUCGAGGGAGGCAUCCUCCUCGCCGCCCGCCAGGUCUGGCCAGGACGUCGAGGGCGAUGCCGACGGCUCCGUUUGGCACGACGUCGACGCGGAAAUGGCCAGCAUGAGCUAUGACGGCCACUAGUGAAGUGUUUCCAGAGGCCCAGCCUGUUCUUCAAGCCGUUUAACCACUUAUUGUUAUCAAGUUAAAUCAAGUGUUGGAAGCAUGUUGUGCCCAUGGAUAAUGCUGAUCUCAAGAAAAUGACAGAAAAAAUGUAAUGCCACUAGGAAGCGCAUAAUAAAUUUGUAAUAAUACUGUGAAAUCGUUAGCAAGUGAAUAAAAUGCCACAAACUCUGUA